ACCGGAAACAGUUCCUGAUCUGUCCAGCCGUAGAAAAUAAAGUUUAACGCAGUAGCGGUGCUUUAGGAGAGACGUUGUUUAUUCAGGAUGUUUUAUUACUCGUAUUUUCUGUAAAUAUAUACAGUCUAGCUGCUCUGUAAUGACAUUUGCACGUUUCUUUUAGCUUUAAGGAAGAGUUAAUAUCGCCUGGUGCAGCCAUUUUUGGCUGUAAAUCGAGUUUUUGUUUACAUGAAAAUUGCUUGUUUUAACAGUUGCUAUCUUUUUUGACCAUUAAAUGGAUGAACACAAGGAGAACAUUCAAAGAACAGACGUAAAUGUGAAAAUGUCAGAGGAAAAGGAAGAUGAAAAGACGAAACCCCGCAGCAGAAUAUGUCCCGAUGACGAAACAGCUCCAGAGACGUCUCAGUCCAACAGAGACUUCAGUCACCCGGUUUACAAAGAGAUCGCUCUGGCUAACGGCCACAUCAACCGCAUGUCCAAAGACGAGCUGCGGGUCAAACUGGCGGAGCUGAAGCUCGACACCAGAGGCGUAAAGGACGUGAUGAAGAAGAGGUUGAAGAACCACUACAAGAAGCAGAAGCUGCUGCAGUCAGCCGCGGAGGGAGGGCCCACCGAUACCUACUACGACUACAUCUGCGUGGUGGACUUUGAGGCCACGUGCGAGGAGGAUAAUCCCUCAGACUUCCUGCAUGAGAUCAUCGAGUUCCCCAUGGUCCUCAUCAACACGCACACCUUACAGAUCGUGGACACUUUUCAGGCGUACGUGAAACCAGAGGUGAACCCGCAGCUUUCCGACUUCUGCGUGAAGCUAACAGGAAUCACACAGGAGACGGUGGACGGAGCGGAUCCGUUUCCAGACGUCCUUCACCGAGUAGUGGAAUGGCUGCAGGAGAGGGAACUCGGGACGAAAUACAAAUACGCCAUGCUGACCGACGGGGCGUGGGACAUGAGCAAGUUCCUCAACAUCCAGUGUCGGAUCAGCCGGAUCCGAUAUCCUCAGUUUGCAAAGAAAUGGAUAAAUAUAAGAAAGUCUUACUGCAACUUCUACAAGGUCCCACGCACGCAGACGAAGCUGAGCACCAUGUUGGAGAAGCUCGGCAUGAAAUACGAAGGCCGGCCUCACUGCGGCCUGGACGACUCCCACAACAUUGCCCGGAUAGCCGUGCGCAUGCUGCAGGACGGCUGCCAGCUGCGCGUCAACGAGCGCAUGCACGGCGGCCAGCUGCUCUCGGUUCCCAGCUCGGCGCCGGUGGAGGGAGCGCCGCCGCCCCGUAACCCCGGCAACAGAGAGUAGAGCCAGGAACUUUAAUGAACCAGCCUUAAAAUCUGUCUUCACCCGCAUCACUUACAGAAAGAGAAAAGCACUUUAAUUUAAGCUUAAAGCUGUAAGGAGAGUUUAAUAUUUCAGUUUGUGCAGACUUUGCUUCGAGGAGUCCAGCGAUUUAGGGCGACAUAUUGAAAAUAAUAAUAAAAAAAAUUUACAAGA